AGAUGAAUGUAGACAUUAAAAGUAACCGACGAUGUAAGCUAGACGUCUGUGUAGUAGCUUUUCUGUACCUCGUAUGGUUUUGCAAGAUCUUCAGUCCAAGAAAAGUUCUUAUGAAUUUCGACUGAGAAUCAACAUGAGAAUGCGAAUGCAUAUGGAAACUCGAUUGGAUGUAAUGAAGACGGACUUCCCGAACUGCGAGUCUACGGAGCAGAGCCAGUUAUCCAACCGGACCCCUCUAGCGUAAACUUUGAGGCCUCUACUGCCAGUCGCUAGGAUAUUAUCCGCGGCCGCCGCUCGCACUCGCUAACUCGGGUACACAGAAGUCACUGAUACAACACCCCUCCUGCUAACGCGCGAGAAAAACGCUCAACUCAGGCACAUACAAGAGCAGCGUCAUUCUCUGCUGGCUAUGGCAAGCAGGAACGCGAGAAGCCAGUCCAUUUUGGCGAAGCAAACAAGUUCAUCAAGAUCAAGCCCAUGCCCAGUAGUGUGAUAGAACUACUUAGUUAGAAGAAGGACAGAAGCCUGGACCUAUAAGAGAAGACAAUAACUACAGCGUCCUCGUGUGAACUUCUAGGGAGAUGACAGCCUCAGCCUUACAGUACUACGAGCUGGACAUGAAGCUCCUGGUCGUCGUCGGUGGGCUCUUUUGUGUCCUUUUAUUAAGGCUACAGGAAAAAAUCCAAACUUAUCUUUCCCGGCAUCUUGAAUUUGGUCCUGUUUUUUAAACGGAAAAGAGGACCUAAAACGCUUCUGGAAAUGGAUUUUCUUAGUUCUAAUUUUGGUGGGAGCGUUGGUCUUUACAGCUUUGUGCUCGAAGGACGCGGGCUUUCUUACAGGGGCCUUUGCAGUUUCCGUCUUAGGAAUCGCAUUGUCGGCGUUGUCCUUCAGCGGCCUCACAAGUCGAGGGUAAUGACUAAGUACGUUCACACAUGAUUCUUACAUACAACAACAACCCGAAGAUGGUAAUGGUAUAAAGUGCGCUGGUGCUCACUCAGUGAUUUCCUACUUCCUCGAAAAACUAAAAUAACCGAGUAACAGACGAGAAUAACCGAGUUACAGACUGAACUACAAGGAAGAGAAGCCUGUCGAGCUCGAGACUACGUCUCUUAUUUCAGUCAGUAGCUCGGUUAUUUUCAGUUUUCGGUCUUCUAUCUUCUUCCCUCCGAUUGAGCUUAGGGUUAGGGUGAUUACUUUCCAACUUCUAAGAUGUAGAAGAUCGUCUCCACACAAUCAUAUACCAGUCUUUCUCGCGCCGGGCGGGUCGUCAGCGCGAACAGCGGGGGACAGUGGGAUUUGAGUUCUCUUCUUGAAAGCCUGAAGAUAGCCGGCGUCUUCAUAGCAAUUGCCGGCGUGGCUGGUGUGACAGCAGCUCGAAAAAAGAACGCAAAAAUACUAACGGCUUUCUACUUGCUGUCAACAAUAGCCUUCGGCGGCUCCUUCAUAGGUCUUGGAGCCGGUCUUCUGAGCUUCGUGGAAGAAACAACACCACAAAUUACGAGGCAAGUACACGACAUGUGUCAGGCUGAAACCUACAAACAGCUCUACAAGGCUAUGCAGUGUACGCCGGAAAGCAGCGGCAACUCUCCAGGAAUAGCCUCGGGUCUAGUCGCCGACAGCAAAAUCAAGCCAUGUGAAGGGACAUGCCAGGAUAGGCACAACUUACUCUUGCUUUUUGUCUUUGAUACAUACUGAUACAUCUUCACGACUUUAAAAAUGCCCUCUAUGGUACCCCACAUCUCAUUAUAAUCUUCAUGAUGAAGGCAAAGGGCCGAGUUAAUGAUGUUGACCACAGAGUUCUCCUUCUCAGCUUCGUCUCCUGGAGCAAAUCAUUCGAAAAUAUAGAAACAACAGUCUUCGCUAACUCAGGGCCCAGCUUCUCGGCGACAUGGGCGGUUGCUCAAUGCUGACGUACCUGUGUUCACGGCAAUCCUUCGGACUUCUCGACAGCAAUGGGAUGCUCUGGCAGCGUGAUGCGGAAACGAACCCCUUUGUUUCCUCUGGUGUCUGCCUCUUAGGCGCCAAGACCAAGCCGCCAAUGGUGUGGCUAUCCCAAAGGCCAAGGCCGAGCGAGGCACGCAUGAUGAGCACUCUCGAUUUCUGCCGGGAAAUCUGCAACCGGGACAAGGAAUGCACAGCAAUCAAUCUCUUCCCAUCAGCCAAAGAAUGCGCCAUAGUGAGUCCCAACAAUCCAGACUGGGCCACACCAACCGUAGACGGGGAACCGAAAGUACCCCACUGGAAACGAAUCAAGCCAAAAGAAGAUGAGGGAGAAAGUACUUACUUGUGGUUCUUCUUAUUCUUGUUCAUUCAGUAGCAAUACCAGUACGAUAUUUAAGUUUUGAAGAUAUUGGAGCAUGAGAUUUGACACCCACAGGUCUUUGAGUGAGUAGAUUCAUGCUGAUCAAGUCGAAAUGCAUCAUCCAACUUUGUUUCAAAUUUUCGAUGAUCUACAAAACCAAUACAUCAUCAUCUUCAUCUAUCAUCCCUCUUCCUUCUCACAGUCGCCGACCCUCUUUUAUCGAAGUAUGGCCUGGAUACCCCAGUAGAAGUCAAACCCGGAGACAUUUACAGUCCGAUCACAACAGUAUACCCAGACCCAAAUGUAGAAUGCUACACGAAACUCACAACGAGGAUAAUAACGCGGCUUCUCAAGUACGCCUCAGGUUUAGCAGGGGUGUUGCUCUUUGUGGGGGUACUACAACUCGUCUUCUGUACAGUCAGGAUCAAUUUCAAUCUACCACCUGCAUCCUGUUCCUGCAUGGUAUGGUGGCGGAUAUAGAUUCUCGUUCUCCGAUUAAGAUCGAGACCGAAGUGAUGCCUAUUUCUGAUCUAAAUACAAUUUCAUGCCUGCCCGUUCAUCCAACUGAUCCUAUGUGGUCUCAAGCAUAUAACGAUCAUCAUCAACAUCUACAGUCUAUCCUGUGCUUUUCGACGCUGCAUGGUCUGCUACUAUUUAUGGGACGAAGACGGCGCUCCAAAGAUGAACCAGAAGUUGGGGAGCUCGCAUAUGCGAUGUUCUGUCCCUGUUGUCCGGGUGCCGACGACCUCAUGGUCUCUGCUGGUGAGCAGCCUUUACGCACCCCCAGUGAUAGGGAUAGCGACGGUGAUCCGAUGGAGUAAGGGAGGCCGUCUCAAUGAACCAACAUGAAACAUGUCUCAACAUCAACAACAACAUCAACAACAACAUCAACCAAAUCAAAAUCAUAUCAAUCUGUGUUGUCCUCUCUGAGUCGUUGCUCCGUGAACGUACUUGCAGAUAACAUACAUUAACACUAACUUCGUGUUCGUGUCAAAGACAAUAAAGUGACUGUGAGAUAAAAUUCGAUCAAUUAUCAACUAGUACUAGCAAUAUUAUCCUCUAUACGGAAACGCAUGCGCACGUUGCUUGCAAGAAGAUUCGUGCACAUGAAACUGGAAGCUACGAUGGUGGCGCAGUCGCUUGUGAAAGCCCCACAUGCGCGAGGACGAUUGCGUCUGUGUCCGAGACAUCUAGUUUUACGAUGGUUAGUCGUGACACGCCAUAGCUUAUGAUCAUCAUCAACGCAAACC